UUCCUUUGUCCAAAGAGUGCUCUCAAAGUAAACUUCAAAGAAUUUAUUUCUCCUUCCUCUUGAUCUCUGUUUGGCACACCCAGAUCUCACAUCCUCUCUAAAUUCAUUACUCCCCCCCUCUCUCUCUCUCUCUCUCUCUCUCUCUCUCGGUGUUGAACCAGUUCACAAGGUCUGCAAGCAAUGCAAUGGUGUUUUUGGAGAAAUGCACUGCCUCCACAUGGACUCUUACUGUUCCAAAGUUGAAGUGUUUAAAUUCUGUGCAAACAUCCAUUCUUUUCAAAGAAAUGAAGAGUUCACUGUUGUAAUUAUUUGGGGGAAUAGUUUUUCUUUGGCAAUGAGUGCAUCAAGCUUGAUUCAGGAUGAAGAGGAUGUCUUCUUUGAUUCAUAUGAUUAUAUUCAUCCUCCUAGUGACUCUGCAUCAUCAGAAGAAGGUAUGGUUGGAAGUGAAUGUAUGGAAACCAAUUUACGAGCGCUACAAUAUGAACCUUGGACUAAGGAAUUGAUGAGCAUUCAUGAAAGGCGACGCAAUUUCAUAUCUGGCAUGGGUUUUGAUGAAUUUACCUCUAUUAAGCUUGGUGUUUCUCCAAGACCGGAAGAAACCGUAUUCAAUAGGAUGCCAGAGCACAAUGAUUUGGAUCGUAUUUUGUCAUCCUACCCUGAGGACCAUGACUGUUUUAUUCCGCAAAAUGAUUAUUGUGCAUCAUUAUCCACUGAGUUGUAUGCUGUCCGGAAGAUGGAAGAAAAGCGCAAUGUGACUUUUGAUUCAAGAAUUAGUAAAUCAAGAAGAUGGUGGAGAAGCUUUUCAAUGUGCAAAUAUGAUGUUUCUAUCAAAGAUGGCAAAAUGUCACCUGAUACUAAUCAAAUAAAGGUUCAGUUUCAUAGUAAAAGGUGUAAAGGUUUUGAAGCUUUACAUUUGGCACAAGAAAUUCAAGCUCACAAGGGUAUUAUUAGGACUAUGAAAUUCAAUUCAUCAGGCUCAUAUCUUGCAAGUGGUGGUGAGGAUUGUAUUGUUCGGAUUUGGCAAGUUGAAUUCGAUGUCUUGAUUAAUUGUCAAAAUGCUAAUGAGGUUAAAGGAGAUGUGCUGAAGUUUACCAGAAAAGUUUCGGAUUCUUCAGCACAUGUUGCUAUUGCUGAAAAGGAGUUCAAGAUUGAUGAAGUAGCUUUUCAAGAAUUUCAUGGGCAUUCCAGUGAUAUUUUGGACUUGUGUUGGUCUAAAUCAGAUUAUCUUCUCUCAUCUUCAAAGGACAAAACAGUUCGAUUGUGGAAAGUUGGUUCUACCGGAUGUCUUCGUGUUUUUCAGCACAAAAACUACGUGACUUGCAUCCAAUUCAAUCCCACUAAUGAUCAAUACUUUGUCAGUGGCUCCAUAGACGGAAAAAUUCGGAUAUGGGGAAUAACUGAAAACCAUGUAGUUGAGUGGGUGGAUAACCGAGAUAUAGUUACAGCUGUUUGUUACCAGCCCAAUGGAGAGCAGGGAAUUGUUGUAGGUUCCAUAGAAGGAAACUGUCAGAUUUACAGUUAUUCAGGUGACAAUCUACAAUUAGGCAGAAAACUUUGUGCACAGAGUCGAAAGAAGCUGGGAAAACGAAUUACUGGCUUGCAGUUUGCGCCUGAUAAUUCUCAAAACUUAAUGAUCACAUCAGCAGAUUCCACAGUUCACAUUUUGGAUGGGGUUGAUGCAAAGAAAUUUCAUGUGUCUGUUUCAGCUCGUCUGAAGGCAAGAGGCAAAUCAACUGCAUCAUUCACUUCAAAUGGAAAAUACAUCGUCUCGGUGAACAAGGAUUCUCAAGUCUACCUAUGGAACUAUGAGAAAUCAAAGUCAUUGUCAUCUAGAGGUAUUAAAUUGACAUGUCCUUGUAAUACAUUCCAUUCAGAAGGCGUUUCGGUUGCGCUACCAUGGCCAGGAAUGCACCUGAGCUAUGAAAACAUGACCAAAAGCUAUGCACAGACUUCUUUAGAACAGAAACAUGUUGAUCAAGACCAGUUUUCUUUUGGCGCAUGCUUCUUCCCCGAUGUACAAAGCAAAUCGGUCACAUGGCCGGAGGAAAUGCUGCAAGAUGAAAACCAGAAUCAUCAACAUAAUGGUUUCAAGAAACCAUCAAAUCUUGUGAUAUUGAUUGCAAGUUAUGAUGGAGUAAUUAAGACUUUACUGAAUCGUAGAUGGCCGGCCUGCUAGUAUAUGAUUAACAGUUUGAGGAGUUGUCGGUGGUGAUUUCAUUAGUUUUCCUGUCAUUUGGAUCUGGUUGGCAUGGUUUCCUGGUUUCAGGUCAGGUUAAUCUUUUUUCCAUUGCUAACUAGGCAGUUUUUUGACAUUGGAGCCUUGACAUUGAUCAUCACUAUGUAUCUCUGUUGUUUUUCUUUCUAGUAGCAGUUGUUGCUAUUUUUUUUUUAAAGUAUUCGUCACACAGAAAGUUGAAUAAAUAGGAAGAGAAGAACAAGCUUGUGUAUAUAUUUUUUCCUUAUUAAUUACAAGCAUUGUUUAUUCCACUA